AUGAGGCUGAAGAUGCAGCAGAUGCACUUGGGUAUGGAAAACGACACUAACCAGAUCGAGUUUGCCGAUGUUUCCAAAUCUAGUCAGAAGAUGAGGGAUAGAGACACCCGAUCGUUCGAUCCUACACCUGACAGGGAUGAUGAUGAUGAGGAUCUUGACUGGUCCACUUCCUCAGGUAGUCAAACUUGCAUACCCUCGCCAUCUAUUCAUGAAGGUGAUGGCAACAACGAUUAUUAUGGUGGCGGCGACGAUGAUGUGAUGGUGAAUGUUACUAUUCCAAUUUCUGCAUCAUUUGAGACAUUAACAAUAUUUUCCAUUUGUUUUGAACAGGUCCGUCUUAGCCUUUUGCCUUUAUGGUUUGCUGCAGGGAAACGGAGGGACUGCUACUUUUCUAAGCUUGCAGAUGAGAGCUGUAAUGGCAUCCUCAAUCUAGUAAAAGAUCCAUUUGCAACCUUAAGGUGUAUACUAAGAGAUAGUGAAUUCCAAAAUCUGAGGAUUCGUUUAACUGAGUUUAUGGAGAGAGUGGAUCUUUCAGGUUGUCCGCAGAUAGCAUCAGCUUUUCUGCAAUUGGCACUAUGUUCAUAUAGCACGGAACCCUUAUUGCCACAGAUAGUUGAACAAUCUUUGAUUGAGCUUCAACAUCUUGAUGGGGAUAAAUACCCUAUCUCACGAUGUUUGGCUCAAAAAUUGUCUUUUGAAGCAGUGCAUGUGGUGGACAUUUCCAAGUGGUCAGGGGUGCAAUUUGAAGCAGCCAUUGAGCUCUUCUGCAACUUAUUCCCGUCAUUGAGAACAUUGAAAGCAUCUUACUGUCUGAAUUUCAGAAUGACAACUCUGUAUCAUUUGGUACAGAAAUGCCAUCUGGUCGAUGAAGUUGACUUAACUGUUGAUGUUAGUCCAGUAAUACCAAUGCAAGUAACAACAAUAUCUGAAAAUAUUGAGAGUUGCAGAGAUUUAAGUGGUUCAUCAUACAAGAUGUUAAGAGAUGAAUUGUCAUUUUCAAGUAUAACAAAGCUCACAUUAAAGGGCCGAAGUGAUAUUAAUGAUAUGGACCUUCAGAGAAUUUCCUCAUUAUUUGCUUCUUUAUCCUACUUGAACAUUAAAGGUUGCACUUCUGUUACGGAUGUGGGUAUAUCCAAACUCAUAUGCAAAUGUAUGGAGCUUCACUCUCUUCUUGUUUCUGAUACUCGCUUUGGAAGGAAUUCAAUUCUAUCGCUUUGUUCAUCCUUUCCUUCGGAUGGUUUUCCUGGGGUGCAUUGCAAACAGAAGAAUUCAACAUCAUUGGCCUUCAGACUCCAGAAACUUAACAUCGGUGGAUGCAAGAGUGUUGAUGAAACGUCUCUGUUACAGUUGUUAUCUGACACAUACCUUCUUAAAAGUUUGUGCAUGAGGGGUACUGUUCUAGCUGAUGACGCACUCUUUAAUUUCUUGGGUUCAUCCUUAGAGAGGCUUGAUGUUUCAGAUACCAUGGUUUCUGGAGCCUCAUUAGUUCAUAUUAUCAGAAGAAAUCCUGGUUUGAGGUUUUUCAAAGCAAAAGGGUGCAGGAACUUGUGUCAUGGUGGGAGUAGACACGAAGAAGGUAAAUUUACUUCUGAAGUUUUGUCAUACAAUGGUUGCUCCUCUGGAGAAGACAUGUAUUUUGAAUUAGGCAGGAAAUGCAUGUUGGAAGAAGCGGCCUUUGGAUGGGGAUUUUCUCCUUUCUCACUGAAGUAUUUGGGACCGGCAAUUAAGUCACUAAGAGCCAUAGCAGUAGGUCUUGGUGCAUCAUUUGGCCAUCAUGAACUCACUCUACUGCCUGAUACUUGUCCUAUGCUAGAGUCAGUGAUUCUUUAUUUUCAGGUUAUAUCUGAUGUUAUUGUGAAAAGCAUUGUGGAAUCCUUGAAACAUUUGAAAGUCUUGGUUCUAUGUUACUGUCUUGGUGACUUGUCUUCGUUAAGCUUUCACUUUAGUAUGCCAAACUUAAGGAAAUUGAGGUUGGAAAGGGUGACUCCGUGGAUGAAAAAUGCCGAUUUGGUCAUUCUGACUCAAAGCUGUCCAAAUCUAAUUGAGCUUUCACUAUCAGGAUGCAAAAAUCUAAAUUCAGAAUCUCAGAAGAUUAUUUCAAAUGGAUGGCCAGGCUUGAUAUCUAUCCAUCUAGAGGAAUGUGGGGAAGUGACAGUGAGUGGUGUUUCUUCUCUUUUUGACUGCAAAGCUAUUGAAAAUCUCUUACUGCGUCACAAUGGUUGUGGAAUCCGAAGAAACUUCAUUAUUGAUGCUGCUUCGAAGAUGCCCAUGCUUCGGAUAUUAGCACUGGAUCUGUGUGAUGCAAAUGAAGGUGGCUUCGAUAGUCCUAGCUGUGCUGAUAGGUUCUCCUUGAGUAUCAUUAAAAUUGCAAGAUGUAAGCAAUGGAGAUGUCCGUUCAAUCUCCAAAAUCUGGAUGACUGUAGAAGGCCACUGCAUAAGGAGACUAUAAUUUUGGAGUGGAACAGUAAAGAACUCAGAACGUCAUUGGUGAAGGAAAGAGCGUAGUAGAGAAAGUGACAGUAUGGACUUUCAUUUACCAGGGCAUGUAGGUAAUUGGCUUAAUUGAUUGUGCCACUGUUCUACUGCAUAGAAGUGAUCAAAUCAUGAAUUGGUUUCAAGGGGCAGAAUCUGUGAGGUGGCUUCAGCCGUAAACACUGCUAAAACAAGCUGGACAUGAUAUGCUGUGUUCAAGCUUGCAGCUAAACUGGACUCUGCUUCUUCUGUUGGGAUGGGCCAUAAUCACUUAUAUCCAAGGCAAGUUUUCUUUCUGGUG